AGUCGAGAGAUUGGCCUCCCAGAGUCCUAGAGAGGCCGAGAGGCCCGGGGCGGCGACGCGCGUGCGCGAUAGGGACGGAGAGCCGGGCGCGGGGCAACUGGCGUGGGGUGGGCCGUGCGGUCAGGGGACCGAGCGUCGCGCGGCCGCGGGAGUCGCUACUUGAGCUGCAGCCACCGUAUUCAUACAUGUCCUCUUCAAGGGUGUACAAGCCUCUUCUGCUCCAUGCCCACCUCCUUGAGUCCUGGAAGCUGAUACUUGGUUGCUUUAUUUUUUAAGCAGAAUUAUUUACCACCUUGCUGAUUAUGAAAAUAAUGUUCUGCAAUUCAGGUCUCUUGCCAGUGACUUCUGAUGUCCCAGCAAAUGGCAUUGUCCACAUCCGUGCUGAAAAGAUACUCCCGAGGCCCCAACAGUGAUAUAUAUAUAGCUAACGCAGACUUGAUUGCACUCUGCUGGGUAGACCUUGAACAGAAGUGAUGCCUCCAGGCAGGUGGUAUGCUGUCCAUCCAGCUCAGGCCAAGGCUUCAAGGGAGCGAGGACAUCUUCAGAUGAUAAAGAAGGAAGAAGAGGAUGAAGGCUACACUUCAGUGCAGGCUCCCAGGCCGCAGACACUCAAUCGUCCUGGCCAGGAGCUGUUCCGCCAGCUCUUCAGGCAGCUUCGCUACCAUGAGUCUUCUGGGCCCCUAGAGACUCUGAGCCGGCUCCAGGAGCUCUGCCGCUGGUGGCUGAGGCCUGAUGUUCUCUCAAAGGCCCAGAUCCUGGAGCUCCUGGUGCUGGAGCAGUUCCUGAGCAUCCUGCCCGGGGAGCUUCGGACCUGGGUGCAGCUGCAUCACCCUGAGAGUGGUGAGGAGGCUGUGGCCUUGCUGGAAGAGCUGCAGGGGGACUUCAGUGGGACACCAUGGAGGGACCCAGCCCCUGCCCAGAGCCCAGAUGUGCAUUGGAUGGGCACAGGAGCCCUGCGAGCCGCACAGAUAUGGCUCCCUGCUUCACCUCUCAGGAGCAGCUCUGCCCUGGGAGACCACCUGCAGCCUCCCUAUGAAAUAGGAGUGCGGGACCUGGCUGGGCAAUCCGAUCCUCCUGCUGCGCAGGUGCCUGCCCCUUCCCAGAGAGAGGGAUGCCCAGGAGACCCGGUGACAGCCCAGCCUCAGGAGGCUUUGACUUUCAAGGACGUGGAGGUGACCUUCUCCCAGGAUGAGUGGGGAUGGCUGGACGCUUCUCAGAGGAACCUGUACAGGGAUGUGAUGCUAGAGAAUUAUGGGAACAUGGCUUCUCUGGUGGGGCCAUUCACCAAGCCUGCUGUGAUCUCCUGGUUGGAGGCAAGGGAGCCAUGGGGUUUGAAUGUCCAGGGGGCUCAGCCUAAGGGGAAUCCAGGUGCUGCCCCUGCAGGAGGAGAGCUCCAUAUGAAAACAAACAAGUUAGUCUUAAAACACGAACCUUUGGAAGAAGCAGCAGCCUUAGCCCUGCCAUCAGGAUGUCGUGGUGCAGCCAACGUUUCUGAAGGAACAGAGCUCAGAGAAUCUUCUGAGCAGAAAAGCAGGUUAAAGGAGCAAGGGGGAAACCCCGUACAAGUGAAAGUGAAGAAAGAAGAGACCAAUUCCAGCCACGGGACAGAAAAACACUGUGAAGAAUCAGGAAAAAGUAACAGUCUUCAUCUAAAACAUAUUAUGUAUUUGAGAGGUCCCAGAAGAAAGCAGUCCCUUAAACAUGGCUGUGGUAGACACUUCAGAGGGAGCUCCUACCACUAUGACUACAAGGAGUACGGGAAAGGGCUCAGACGCGUGAUUGGCGGGUUUAACCUACACCCGAGAAUUCACGCCGGACUGAAGGGGAAGGCAAAGGAUGCGCACGGGAAGGACUUCAGCCUCAGUGCUCAUCACCAACGCAGGCCGAAUCGUCACAUGGUGGGGACGUCGUAUAAGUGCAGCGACUGUGGGAGGACCUUCAGCCACAGCUCCCACCUUGCAGGUCAUCAGAGACUUCACACUCAAGAGAAACCGUUUAAAUGUAGGGCAUGUGGGAAAGCCUUCAGGUGGAGUUCGAAUCGUGUGCGGCAUGAGAAAAUUCACACUGGAUUGAAACCGUAUAAAUGCAGUUUAUGUGACAAAGCUUUCCGACGCAUGUCUGCAUACCGCCUGCACCAGGAAACCCAUGCUAAGAGGAAAUUCCUUGAAUCUAAUCAGGUUGAAGAAGCUCUCACCUGUGGCUCAGGUUUUGAUCAUCACUUGAGAGAACAAAGUGGGGAGAAACUCUUUGACUGCAGCCAGUGUAGGAAAUCCUUCCACUGUAAAUCAUACAUUCUCGAACAUCAAAGGAUUCAUACCCAGGAGAAACCCUAUAAAUGCACCAAAUGUAGGAAGACAUUUAGGUGGAGGUCAAACUUCACCCGUCAUAUGAGAGUGCAUCAGGAAGAGAAGCUCGACGAGCAGGAAGAGUAUGAAGAAGACUUCACGCAGCCCUCCAGCGUCCCUCCGCCCCAGAGUGCCCCUCCUGUGGAGAAAACUUUUUUGUGUCAGCAGUGUGGGAAGACUUUUACUCGAAAGAAGUCUCUCAUUGAUCAUCAGAGAAUUCACACAGGCGAGAGACCGUACCAAUGCAGCGAAUGUGGAAAAGCGUUUACCCACAGGUCGGCCUUUAUCGUUCAUAAGAAGCAGCACACUGUCAAAAGAAAGCCGGAGGAAGCGCCGUCCGUUAGUCAGGAUGGAGCGUCCCAAGUUCCCCAGAGCAGCCACAGCACAGAGGAGCCCUACAAGUGUAGCCAGUGUGGCAAAGCCUUCCGGAAUCACUCCUUUCUCCUCAUCCAUCAGAGAGUUCACACCAGAGAGAAGCCUUAUAAGUGCAGGGAGUGUGGGAAAUCCUUCCGGUGGAGUUCUAACCUCUCCCGACAUCAGAGGAUUCACUCCUUGGGAAGACAGUAUGAGUGCCACGAAAGUGAAGACAGUCCAAGUCUGCAGUCACAGCUCCUCACCGGUGAGAAACCCUUUUGGUGCCAAGAAUGUGGGAAAACCUUUACACGUAAGAGAAGUCUUUUAGAUCACAAGGGGAUACACAGUGGGGAGAAGCGUUAUAAGUGCCAUCUGUGCGGGAAGUCCUACGACAGGAAUUACCGCCUUGUUAACCACCAGAGAAUCCACACGAAGGAGAGACCUUUUAAGUGUCAGUGGUGUGGGAAAGACUUCAUCGGGAGACACACCCUCUGCAUUCAUCAGAGAAAACACACCAGGGUGGCCCAGGCUGAAUGCAGCGCGGCGGGGUCGUCUUCCCACCAGGAAACAGAGGUGAGUUUGCAGCAGUUAAAGGCAAGUGGGGAGAAACCCCUUGAAGACUGUAAGGCAGCUUGUGGCCAGAGCUCUGGGCUCACUGGACUCCAAGACAUACCCGUUAGGGGAAAGUGCCACAAAUGUAGCACAUGUGGGAAGACCUUUAACAAGAGCUCACAGCUCAUUAGCCACAAGAGAUUUCAUACUCGAGAGAGGCCCUUCAAGUGCAGAGAGUGUGGGAAGACCUUCAGGUGGUCAUCCAAUUUGGCUCGGCAUAUGAAAAACCACAUUAGAGAUUAGCGUGGGGGCUCACAGUGGGGGAGACGGGUUCCGAGCUACCCUGCCGGAGAACCCUUGAUUGUAGGCAGCGUGAGGCAAACUUGUACACAGGCCCAGUCCUUCCUAUUUUGAAAGCUAGUAGAAGAGAAUCCUGAGGAUUCAAAAACUCUGGGCAUCCCCGUCCUACUGUUGGGCCCCGAGGAGCGGCGUUUGGUUGUGGCCCGGAGAAGCCCCAGCCAGAUCUCCUUCUGUAACUCUAAAGGGAGAGACCAUUGCCCUUCACGGUUUGACAAAAAGUCUGUGGCAUGGUGGGCUGCGGCUGCUGGGAAGGGGCCGGCUGUAUCCUAAGUUUUCCUUUGACUUUAGUCUGUGAUGGUGCCUGUUCUGCUUGACCUUAAAAGCAACAGCAGCAGCAGCAGCAGCAGCAGCAAGAACUCCUAGCCUUCCCUGGGGAGUUCUGGCUGAGGCUUCGGCCUUCACAGCUGGCUUUGGAUACUUGCCAUGGGCGUAGGGUUGUCUCGGCUGCGCAUGGAGGAGAGCACGGUCCUGGCCUUGAUCACCUGGAGCAUGGAGCUCUGCCGGUGCCCCUUCGCCAUCUCCAUCCCACAGGUCUGCAGGGGCGGCAGCCAUCCAGCACCUCCCACAUGCCAGGCACUGUUGUGUGUGCCAGAGACCCAGCAGUGACUGGAACAAACAAAAACAUCUGCCAUCUUGGAUCUUUACAGACGAUAAACAAAUGAGAUUUUAUAUAUAGUAUUUUGGGUGGUGAUAUGUGUUGUGGACAGAAUGAAUCAACACAGAGUGAGAGGAAGCACUGGAUUGGGAGGUGGGUUGAGAUUUUAAAGCGGCUGUUCAGAGGGGCCUCAAAUGAGAAAGUGAGAUGUGAACAAAGACCUGAGGAGAUCAUGGAGUGAGUGAGCCCUGUAGGUCUCUAGAUCCUACAUGGGACACUUCUCAGGAGGUAGGGUCUUGUCUGGUCUCCUUAGGGAAUGGCAGGUAGGCCCCUGAGCUAGAGUGGAGUGAGCCAGCUGGAGGCGAGGGCCCAGAGCUGUGUGAGCAUCGUGAGUCUUCACUGGAGCUUGGCUGCCUCAGAGGGAGGUGGGAGCUUUUGGAUAGUUUUCAGUUGUGGAGUGUUAUUGUCUGAAUCUGAACCCUUAUAACAUGUAAUUCAAAUUCAGAGUCCCACGUGUCGAGGGCCGAAGGUCAUGGAAAGGGCCUCAGAGUCAUCAGAUCUGCGUUCUAGGCUUGGUGUGCCUUUUCUUGGCAGGAUGAUCUUGGGCGAGUCACUGGAAAUUGGCAUCUAUUUCCUUGUGUAUAAAAUGAGAGUAACUGGCUAUGCUACCUGACUCUUGGGACUGGUGAAAAGGCUUGGUUAACUAUGGUUAUGGGUCUGAUCUCUAGGACCAGAGCCCUCACAGAGCUGCAGCUCCCAAGCCAGUUGACACAGAAACACCCCUUUUCUGUCCAUAUUUUCAUCCCCUGACUCCUUGUGCCACUAAGUACCUCAUAGAGUUCCCGCCCCAAUAUGGGUGUUGUUAACCACCUUUUUUAAUAAAAUGAUAUAUAUUUAUUUUUAACAUUCAAAUCAAAAUUUAAAAUGUAUAAAGAAUGAAGUAAAAAUCAACAGAAAUCCCUCUAUACUGAGGUGAACCUUUAAUAUUUGGGAUUAUACUGAUGCAGUCCAUUCAGUAACCUGAGUUUUAAAAAAUAAUUAUAUGAGUAUUAUGUAAUUAUUAUAGAAAUAUUAGUAAAUACAGAUUAGCUGAAAGGAAAAGUCUGACUACUUGGAGCCAGCCUCUGAACAUUUUGGUGUAAUUAGUGUUGGAUUUAACUUCUUGCCCUUCUCUGAACAUCCCUGGACUGGCCUGCCUUCUGCUUUCUCCCUUCACUCAGAGUGCCACACCCCUGUCCCAGCCCGCCCCGGUCCUCACUCUAAAGGGCCUUCCCUGAGCCUUGUCCCCCUAAGCCCUCUCCCCCGGCCCCACCUGUCCUGGUGCCUGUAUGUUGCUCUGUUAGGUGUUGUCUGGGUUUCCAAGUUACAUCCACUACUGCAGCCAGACUGAGUCCUCCGGAAGCCAGGUUUGGGUGCUUAUAACCUUUUGCUGGGCAGAGUAGAUUUUGCACGAAGUUGCCUCUAUUAAGGAAUGUAGAACUGAAUUUAGUUCAGCUAAGUCAGGAUUGGAGUUUUUUGAAGGGAUCCCUGAGUGAAAUGUCGCCUGGAGGCCACCCACGAGCGCGCCUGCUGUGAGGCAGCCCAGCCGUGGGUGGUUCCGAGCCAUGAAGCACCCAGACAGCUCCUGACCGCCCAGCCAGCAGUUCUCAUCUCAUACCCCAACCUGGCCCGGAGAGAGCACACUCCUUCCAACCCUGCCCCGCCUUCUCUCUGCCCCCUGCGGGGGAACUGAGGUUAGGACUGGCGGGAGCCAGACGGGCUGGGACCCCACAGAGCGGAGCGGGCACCAGGAGGUCUUUCAGUCAGCUCGCCCUGGCUGACAGAGCCUGUCAGCCCCAACAGAGGCAUGUGCAGAGAAGACAGCCCAGGAAAUGUAAAUUAACACGGACUACUCACGAGGUGGGCAGAUUUUGUAAAAUCCCUCGCGUGGGUAAGUGUAUGGAACGUGGGAACUCAGUGCUGUGGGUGUGGAAAUUGUGACAACUACUGUGCCAAGCAGUUUGCACAGUCUUGUGAAGCUCUGCGUGCUCCACCACCCAGUGAUUCUACUUCCGGAUAAACUUUAGAACAACUCCACGUGAAGAAGGAAAUGUGUAUAUGACUGUUUGCUGCAGUGCUGUUCAGCUCUAACAAGGCCGGGAAAAGCCUAAAUUUCCAUCAACAGAAGAACUGGUAAAUAAAUGGUUGUUUUUUGGUACUUUGGGAAGUGAAUGCGAAAGAGCUAGAGUUAACAUCUUUCAGCAUAGAUGAGUCACAGAGACGCUGAGAAAGUUGCCGAAGCUACAUAUGAUAGACCGCUUAUGUAAAGUUAAACAUACUGUGUAUCUGUGGGCACAUUAUUUAAACUUAUUUGUGUUUCACUUUUUCUGUAAAAUAAGAUAGUAGUGUCAACCUCACAGGGUGAUGGGGGUGGGGGGGACAGUUAAUGAAUUAAUGCAUGUGAAAUGCUUAGAAUAGUGGCUGGCAUGUAAACAUUGUUGGCAUAGAGUGAACAGUGUUACUGUUUUACACAGUGUGUUUCCUGUGGAUUCAAAUCAUGUGAAAUGAGGAGUGUAAAGUCAUGUGUCGGAAUGAUGUGUGAAAGUCAUGCUCUGCCUUCCCAGAACAGGAGCUGUGGGGUGGAGUCAGGAAGGGCACGUGGAGGCAUCAGUUGUGUUUUAUUUCUUUUAAAACGUUGAUGUAGAUGGGUCAGCAUGUUGAUUUGAUGGGCUAUGUGGUGGGUGGUUCUUUUAUAACGAUUUGCUUAAAUAUUUCAAAAUAAAAAUAUUUUUAAGCAUGG